GCAGUAAACUCGUGAAAAGCAGCCUACCUUUUUUAAGUUUGAAAACUGGGAGGCUUCCUCAAAACGUUACUACAUAAAGCAGCUGUGUAGUAAUCCAGUUUCAAGUCGACAUCGAACAUUUCCAGUGUGCGUAUUUUAGGAUUUCCCGAAUCUCAGUGAUGCAUGUGUGUGGGGGAGUGUUCUUGCUUAUGUUGGGCUCUGCAGUAACCCACACCCUGGAUUCUGCGUCUCUGGACUCGGCAUGGGAAAGCUGGAAAACCACUCACAUGAGAGAAUACAAUGGCCAGGGUGAGGAUGCCGUUCGCCGCACUAUCUGGGAGAAGAAUAUGCAGAUCAUUGAGAGCCAUAAUCAGGAAUAUGAGCUAGGCAUUCACACUUAUGAGUUAGGCAUGAAUCAAUUUGGAGACAUGACCGUGGAGGAGAUGGCUGAGAAAUUGAUGGGACUACAGAUGCCUAUGGAAAAUGAUCCCAUGAACACUUAUGUUCCUGGCUCACUGGAGAAGCUACCUAAAUCUAUUGAUUACCGCAAACUUGGCUAUGUUACCCCUGUAAGGAACCAGGGCUCAUGUGGUUCCUGCUGGGCCUUCAGCUCUGUUGGUGCUUUAGAGGGUCAGCUGAUGAAGACCACAGGUCAACUGGUAGAGCUCAGUCCUCAGAACCUGGUGGACUGUGUGACUGAAAACGACGGCUGUGGUGGUGGAUACAUGACAAACGCUUUUAACUACGUCAGGAACAACAGAGGCAUUGACUCUGAGGAAUCUUAUCCAUAUGUGGGAAUGGACCAACAGUGUGCUUACAAUAAAUCUGGGAAAGCAGCAGAGUGCCGGGGUUUUAAGGAAGUACAAAAAGGCAGCGAGAAAGCGCUAAUGUCUGCCAUAGCUAAAGUCGGCCCAGUUUCUGUAGGCAUUGAUGCCAUGCAGUCAACUUUCCAGUUUUACAAGAGUGGUGUUUACUAUGACCCCAACUGCGACAAGGAAAACAUCAACCAUGCAGUGCUUGCAGUGGGCUAUGGUGUCACACCUAAGGGAAAAAAGUACUGGAUUGUCAAAAACAGCUGGGGUGAGGAGUGGGGAAAGAAGGGUUACGUCUUGAUGGCUCGUAACCGUAACAACGCAUGUGGUAUUGCCAACCUUGCCAGUUUCCCAGUCAUGUGAGACUCAUGUGAGACUUUAUGAUAACAUCAUUCUUGUUAAAAGGAACAUGAGAAACACAAGAACCAAAACCACACUAACACUAAAACUUGAGGGAUAGGAUAACCUUUCUUGCUUUACAACAGUUUCUGGUUAUGAGUACAUAAGAUUACAUUCAAUUAAAAUAAUAUUUGUUAAAUUCCCUGAUCAAUUAAUAAAAGUAAAAAUAUAAACUCUGUGUCUGGCGUGGACUGUGUACCUAUUUACAUUUAAAUGCUUACUGCAAUAUGUAAAUGUUGACAUUGUUUUACUCUUGGCUGUAUAAUUAUGUACACUUCUCUGUGCAUAAAUACAUUCCUCUGGUAGGAAUUUAACAUGUAAGAUUUUGUCAUGUUAAGGAAAUAAAACGUUUUGACAAAAUAAAGCUAAA